UUGAUGAUGGGUAGAUCCACUAUAUUCUUCCUGGUGGUGUUACAGGCAGUCUGGGUCAACUGGGUACAGGACUAGCACGCCUCCUCAGAGAGAAGUAUGGCAUCGAGAACGUCAUUAUGUCUGACAUCGUCAAGCCUACGAAGGACAUCGUCAAGUCAGGACCCUAUGUGUUCGGAGACAUCCUGGAUUUCAAGUGCCUGCAGGAGAUAGUGGUCACCUAUAGGAUAGACUGGUUGGUCCACUUCUCAGCGCUACUUUCAGCUAUCGGCGAGCAGAACGUUCCUCUGGCUAUAAGAGUGAACAUCGAGGGUUUGCACAAUGUGAUGGAACUGAGCAAGCAGUACAACCUCAGAGUGUUUGUACCCUCUACUAUCGGUGCCUUCGGUCCAGACUCCCCCAGGAACCCCACCCCAAACAUCACCAUCCAGCGGCCCAGGACCAUAUACGGGGUCUCGAAGGUACAUGGGGAGCUGCUUGGAGAGUACUAUCAUCACAAGUUCGGUCUGGACUUCCGCUGUCUCAGGUUUCCUGGCGUCAUAUCCUCUGACACACAACCUGGAGGAGGAACCACAGACUAUGCAGUGCAGAUCUUCCACGACGCCAUCGAGGGUAAAGAUUUUGAAUGCUACCUGAAACCUACGACCCGUCUGCCCAUGAUGUAUAUUGAUGACUGUCUCAGGUCGUUGUGGGAGAUGCUGGUAGCGCCAGAGGAGUCGUUGCGUCGUCGGACGUACAACGUAACAGCCAUGAGCUUCUCUCCAGAGGAGAUCGUCAGCGCUGUGCGUAAACACUUCCCAAACCUCAGUGUGUCGUACAAGCCAGACUCCAGGCAGUAUAUCGCGGACACCUGGCCUGAGGUUUUCGACGACUCUGAGGCUAGACAGGAUUGGGGCUGGCGCCACCAGUACAACCUGGAAGCUAUGUGUCAGAUUAUGUUCGACAACCUGCACCGUCAGCACCAACUGGAGGCCACUGUUGCUCGGUGAUUGACUCCAGUCCGAGAGCAUCCUGGCUGAUGACACUCAGCUAUAGUUGUGAUCAGUGGAAUUUUUGUGAACGUUAACUGUCUUUGCUUCCCUAUAUACCUCUCUCUUUAUGGUUUUACGCAAUAUCUAGACAGACCUUUUCUGUGAUACCUUCUAAAAUUUUAAGUGAGAACGAGUAGUUCAGUAUUCCUACAAUGCCUCAGGGGACGCGAUAGUGGAGGUGACUACACAAGUUCAAAUGUAAAUGUGACAGCCCGUGGGGCUCCAGACCUUUAUUGUCGCUCGAUUAGUAGUUACAAGGAUGACGUUCAGGAAAUGGAGCUCGACCCCAGCGAAAAAAAAUGGGUAUAUAUGCACUCUCACAAAAGCUACCGCUGUAACAAUUACAUGUUCAGGAACCAGGAUUAAUUCGUUUUAGGGAAUUUUUGCCUUAGGAUUUUCUACAAAUCAUGUUAUUGGACCUGUUCACUUAUUGGUUAAAAUUCGACUCUCAGUUGUAUUCUAGAUUUCUUGUUACAUACUGUAUCAGCAUUAUUAUUUAUGAUUAGUAUUACCUGUGUUUUAAACUGAUGGCUUUCGGUACACAGAUUUCACUGAGCUUGUAAGUAGAUUAUGCUCAUCUUGGGUAUGCUCACAAAAAUUCUAGCUAACGCUAAUCACUUCCCUGGCUAUACCAAAAAUCUUAAAAGAUGGUAACUAAGUCUAUUUAGUCAUGAUCUAUUCAUAGCUUUGUAAUGGUGUUACCGUACCCAUCUGUAGACACUCGGGUUUAGGGCUGUAUAUAAAUAGUUUAUCGUCUGGCACAUGCUUCGAGACCUGUCAAUCACAGGGGUUAAGUGUACGCUCAAGUUCGUAAAACAGUUGUAUAAUAAACUUGUUAGGGAAGCAAAAGAACCACAGUAACAGGACAACCUGUUUCUUGUUUUAGUGACUCAGUGUGGUGAUCCCGAGAGGUGAUGCCUGGCAUCGUCAGUACACGGCUUCCAGAUGAAGAGCUAAAGGAAAAUUACUUCAGAAUACAACCAGUUUCCUAAGCGGAUAAACUGUUUUUUACUGUUGCUAAGGAUGCCUGAGAACAUGAUCACAGGAUCACAUCCAAAAACAUAUAUUUUGUGAGUGAUAAUAUCAAAAGUUUUUUUUUUUUUUUUUUUAAUUUUUAAAUUAAGUACUUGUAGUGUAAGUGGGGUGAAUACAUAUUUUUACUGAUUAUUUUGUCAUUCAUUUGUUAUUAGAACCUAAAAAGCAUAUUACAUUUUGUAAUUAUUCAAAAAAAGACACGUGAAGAGAAAGAAUGUGGUGAGCAGUAGUCAUGUUAAGGUAAUGUUAAUGUGGCUUCAAGACAGCAAAUGACAUGCUAAAAGAGCAGAGUGCUUGGCGGUAGUGAUUGUUUAAUACAUAACCAUGGUUAAAUGGUUCUGAUGAUAUGGUGAAUUGCAUGGUAAUAAGCCAUAGUUCUAGAUGGUAGUGAGGGUAUUUAAGUUAAUAUUCGCAUUAGUAUGGUUUUCACGUUAAUAAAGAUAAUUUAUUUAU